AUGGAGAAAUUUGAUUCUUCUUUGGAGGAAUCCGGUUUAGAAUAUGACAAGCGGAUAGAGUUUGUAAGAAAAGAUAUAAAAGAGUGGUUAUAUUGGCUUCGAAAUUACAUUGGUUAUGAUGGGUGCCGCCUCGACUUUGUGAGGGGCUUCUCAGGUUCUUAUGUAAAAGAAUAUAUUGAAGCUUCAAAUCCUGCAUUUGCUAUUGGAGAAUAUUGGGAUAGUUUAGGUUAUGAGCAUGGCGACUUGUGUUACAAUCAAGAUGCUCAUAGGCAAAGGAUAGUCAAUUGGAUCAAUGCCACAGGGGGUACUUCAUCAGCAUUUGAUGUCACAACAAAGGGAAUCCUCCACUCUGCUCUGCAUAAUCAAUACUGGAGAUUGAUAGAUCCUCAAGGCAAACCAACUGGAGUUAUGGGAUGGUGGCCUUCGUGUGCUGUCACAUUUCUAGAGAACCAUGAUACAGGAUCAACACAGGGUCACUGGCCAUUUCCACGAGAUAAGCUUGCACAGGGAUAUGCCUAUAUUCUGACCCAUCCUAGAACAUCACAGUUUUCUUUUCCUUUUACUGAGAAAAACAAAAUCAAUAAAAGCCAACUUCUAAUUGAUGGUAACUUAUUAUUUUAA